AUGACUGGCAGAAAACAGACUGCAGUCUCAGAGCUCCAGUCAACCUAGACGAUUUGGAGCAUGAACACACUCCUAUGGGUAGAUGAAGAGUUGUGAUACCAAGACACCAGGGCAGCCGCAGACUGUGAGUCCCAUGAUGCAGCAUCUGGCAUACCAACCCCUGCUUCCUACUGGAAACAAAUAUCUGCAGCAGAAGUGGGACAAGGCUUCAUAUGAUUUACACAGGGGAAAGGUAAAGUCAGCUAAACCAACAAUAAACACGACUCCACCAAAGACCUAUAGUCACCUGGCUCUCAAGCUGAAGAAAGAAAAGCUUGAAGAGGAAUGGACAAGAAAGAUUCAGAGGGAGAACAAUAUGCUUAUGGAGAAAAUAUCACACAUCAUGAGGACAACUGGAGGAGUUGAUAACAGGAACUAUUAUGACAGAAGAAGCCUUGGCAAGGAGAAGCGCCAGCUGGAGUUGCUCCGUAUUACCAAGGACAAUCAAAUGAUCCUUUUCCGUCUGAGCCAGUGCAGGCCUCACUAUAAUGUGAGGAGCUGGCAUGAGGACUGGCUCAAAACUGUCAAGGUGAUGGACAGCAUUGCACGUUACCCACGAGGAGCAAAUCUGCAAAAGGGACAAGAAAAACCCAUCAAGAAGCGCAGUGAUUGUGAUAAAGAGCAAAAGAUCAGCGCUGGCCCGACCACACAGAGCCCUGCAAGCAGAGUACGAGAGUAAAGAAAACAGCAAGCAAGAAGGUACAGGAACAGAGAUAAAGCUGGACAAAGCGACGUAACCUUCUGAACCAGAUACACCUGAGAAUCCUGGUUCUUCUACUCAAAUUAUAGCAGAUAAACCUUCUCACAAAAUAUUUUCCUCUCCUGAUGGAUCAGAAAUAUCCAGCACUCACACACAUAAAGCACUUGAGCAGGAGACUGCAAAUCCUGCAGAAGAAUAAUAUUUGUUCUUUUAGCAAAGUCAUGUUUUACUGCACACCAAAGAGACUCUGUUAGUUCCACAGUAGCUUUGAAAAAAAACUUGACAGAGUUAUUACUCCAAACAAACUGGACCUAGAUACUCUAUGGAUAUAUACUUGUUGGUACUGGAUUAAUCUAAAAUAGAGCUGUAUGUUACUUUUCUGGCUGUGUACUGAAGUAAAUGCAUGAAUACAAUAGGCUACUUCCAAACAGAACUGUAAUUUGUUUCUUUGAUCUACAA